AUGGGAGACUUCAACUCCAAAGUGGGGGAAGGGAAAACCUCUGACGCUGUUGGCCCGUUUGGACUUGGAGAGAGAAACAAGAGAGGAGACUCACUGGAACUGUUUGCAUCAACACAUGACUUAGUUGUAACAAACACAUGGUUUAAACAACCCAAGCGCCGGUUGUAUACCUGGAAAAGUCCCAGUGACAAACCAGAAAAGGUGAUCAGAAAUCAGAUUGACUUUAUUAUGAUCAACAAGAGGUUCCGAAACAGCUGCAUGACAAUGAGGACCUACCCAGGCGCUGAUAUUCUAUCAGAUCAUAAUCCCCUGGUGGGAGAUUUCAGAAUCAGAAUGAAGAAGAUCAAAAAGAAAUCACCCCCACCUUUCGAUUUGAGAAAACUAAGAUAUGAGAAAACAAAGGCAGAUGUGAUACGGACUCUCAAUGAUCAGUAUGAAGGGACAGACAGAGGUGAUGUGGAAAUGGAACUGAAAGGUCUACAGAAAAUAGUACAAAAUAUAAAAACGGAUAUGCUGAAACCAGAAAAGAGGAGGAAUAAACCAUGGAUGACCAAGGAGAUUCUUGAACUUAUGGAGGAUAGAAGAUUGUCAAGGGGUAGCAAAGAGAAGAAAGAACAGUGGACAAAGUACAUCGAGAAACUGUUCCAAGACAACAGAGCUGAAGGCAUCCCACAUGAGAUGGGAGAGUGUGGACCGCACAUUUUGGAGGAAGAGGUCAAUGCAGCAAUCAACCAAAUGAAGAACGGGAAGGCAGCUGGGCCCAAUGGAAUACACGCAGAGUUCCUAAAACUCCUUGGAACAGAGAACAUAAAACGGUUGACAAGCAUUUUCAAUCAGAUUUACACAUCGGGCAGGAUCCCAGAGUCAUGGCUGAAAUCGGAGUUCAUCACUUUACCAAAGAAACCAAGUGCCAAGACCUGUGAUGACUAUUGCACCAUCAGCUUAAUGAGCCAUGUGUUGAAGCUGUUUCUGAAGAUAAUUCAUAAACGAAUAUACAAACUGUGUGAAGAACAGAUAGCGCUGAAUCAGUUUGGUUUCUUGAAUGCUGUGGGUACACGGGAAGCCCUUUUUAGUGUACAAGUACUAUUUCAACGAAGCAGAGAUGUUAACUGCAGCGUAUUUGCAUGCCUUAUAGAUUAUAAAAAGGCAUUCGAUCGGGUAAUACACGAGAAGAUGGUGGACAUACUCAGAAACAUUGGAAUGGAUUCAGGAACAAUUAACAUAAUAAUAAACCUGUACUGGAACCAGUCCGUGGUACUCAAAAUACAGGGAGAGCAUACGGAGGAGAUAAAUAUUCAAUGA